AUGAAUGAGAAGAUGCUGAUCAUUUUUUAUUUUUUGGUCACUGCUGGAGUUGGACGAUGCAAAGAUCAUCUGAUUGUUGAGACAAAAACUGUUAAUGUUGGAGAUGAUGUGACCCUAACCUGUCCUCGCUUGACCUCUGAUCAUGCAUCAUGGCUGUACUGGGUCAGAUUUGUUCCUGGAUACUGGCCUGAAUUUAUGGGAGGAACAUAUUCUUUUAAUGUUACUAAUGUUAUAGAAACUGCUCACAUUACAGCAAAACAAGGGCCAGGAACCUUCAUUCUAUAUAUUAGUAAUGUCAGGCACAUUGACACUGGCCUUUAUUACUGUGUAAAAGUUAAACGUCUCAACCUGACAUUCUUGAAAGGAGAGUUUUUAAGAAUUAAAGCAACAGAACCGAACAUCAAAGCCAUCAUCCAACGCCCUCUACCUGAUAUAGUCCAUCCAGGAAGCCCAGUCUCCCUACAGUGUUCAGUCCUCUUUAACUCUCAAGAUAAAACUUGCCCAAUGGAUCAUAGGGUGUACUGGUUCCAAGCUGGAUCAAAUAAGUCUUAUCCCAGUUUCAUUUAUGCUCAUGGAAACCAUGGUAAUGAAUGCGAGAACAGUCCUGAGGAUCAUUCUGGACGAAAGUGUGUCUACAACUUCUCUAAGAACGUCAGUGCUUCUGAUGCUGGGACUUAUUAUUGUGCUGUGGCCUCCUGUGGAGUGGUACUGUUUGGUAAUGGAACAACACUUUCAGAACCUAACAUGUGGGAUAUGGAGAAGACAAAUACAGCUUUAAUUCUGUUAUGUGCUCUUUUGAUGGCAAAUGUGGUUGUUACAUUAAUUCUCGUUCACAUCAUCAGGAAGAAAACUUGUCACUGUUCCAAUGGUGCCGUAAGUGGCCAUGAUGACCAGCAAAUUCAACAGAGAGAUGAGGUCUCGCUGGUUUACACUGCUCCCACAUUCACCAACAGGAAAAAUGGCAAAUUGAAGAGAAGACACGAAGAAAAACCAGAGGCAGUCUACAGUGUUGUCAGUGGAUUAGGGGUUGAUUAAUAAUUCAGUAAAUCUAAUUAUUGUUGGAAAUUUUAUUUAUUUAUUUUUUAACACACUGAAACAACAUUUGAAUCAGGCUCUAUUUUGCCUGUGAUCAUUUAAAAUGUGUAUAGAUGAAAACUUAAGGUAUUGCGUAAAUACGGCUGUAUGGUUUUAUUUCUCAUUGCUUAGCAUAGUAAAACGUUUUAAAAAUGUAUUUUGUUAUAGUUUUGAUGUCUGUAGAAACAUAAAUGAAUGAAAACAGCAA